AUGCUUACCGAUAAACCAACAUCCGAGGGCUUGGAGCUUGAGAUCUCCCAACUCGAAGCACGUCUCCAUGAUCUACGCUCACAACUCGAUACCACCUACACUUCCCCACACACAGACAAGAAACAAUGGUCAAUCCCAUCAGAUCUAUAUAAUAAUGAAGUUCAAUCGGAGUCCUUCCGAACUGACUCCCUCCACGCACUUCUUCUCCUCUCCGACUCAGCCCUCCCAUUGGGCUCAUUUGCAUACUCCAGCGGGCUGGAGUCCUACCUCGCACACAACAAACCUCUCCGCACAACCCCAUCAGUCUCAUUCCACCGCUUCCUUAAACUCUCCAUCGCCUCAAUCGCAAGCACAACUCUCCCAUACGUGCUAGCAGGCUACCGCCACCCAGAAACCAUAGAAACCCUCGAUAACGACCUCGAUGCCUCCACCCCCUGCAUUGUAGCGCAGCGCGCCAGUGUAGCACAGGGACGCGCCUUGAUCGGCGUAUGGGAGCGUGCCUUCCGAGGUAGCUUCGCCGCUCCAAGCAGAAGCACCGAUACCGGAGCCCAGGUGGCAGUGACGUCGAUUGAUGAAUUCUCCGAUGCAUUGAAAUCGGUUCUCGGCGACGUGGAUGAAUAUGAUGUCGGACCUAAGGGUCAUUAUGCUCCACUUUGGGGUGUUGUUUGUCGCGCUAUGGGACUGGAUCUUCAGCAGACGGCUUAUAUCUAUAUUUUGAAUCAUGCCAAGUCGGUUCUGAGUGCUGCGGUGCGGGCAUCUGUGAUGGGACCGUACCAGGCGCAGAAUAUUCUGGCGAGUCAGAGCUUGCAGGAUACCAUGAUGGCUCGGAUUAAGCGGGAGUGGAAUACUCAGGUUGAGGAGGCUGGGCAGGUUGUGCCAGCGUUGGAUUUAUGGGUUGGUAGACAUGAGCUCCUAUAUAGUCGGAUCUUUAACUCAUAA